UAAAUCGAUUUAUAUACCCCUGACGUUUAGUAUAUAAAUCUUUAUUACAUACUAAAUAUAAAUAUUAUAGACGAAAUCGAAUUAAUUAAAGUCAUUAGGGAUAUUUUUAAUUUCGUUGGGUCGAUUCGAGUCGGGGGAGAUUUUCGAAUCACAUGUAAGAGGAGAAGAGAAAAACCGACCAAUAAUUAACGAGAACGAUGUCACAUUUACCGAGGAAUGAUUUCCCGGAACUGACGUCACAAAAAAACUCCCCAUGAGUGUGUAAAAGUACAGAAGAGCUGGACGGGGAGAGUAUCAUUCACCUUGACAUGGAUCCCGAACAUCAUUACAUGUUUCAGGGAUUAGUAAACAGCAUUCUACAUCCUUUAGCAUCGACCAGCGUUAAAGAUGCCGGAAAACUCGUCAAGCAUCUUCAAGACGUGUUUAAUAUCAGAGACUCUCCCGAUUUAUCCCUUCUAAACAACGAUAAUUAUAAGUGCGUGGAGUUAAAAGUAGACGUGUUGAAGGCCAGAAAACUUCGCAGUAUGGACGCUAAUGGACUUAGCGAUCCUUACUGCACGUUAAUGAUUAUAAAUUCCAAUAGAAUCAACGAACACGGAGACGUGAUGAAUAAUCAAUACAAGAACAAUAACGAAGUGGUAAAGACUAGUGUGAAAGACAAAACGCUUCAACCGAUUUGGAACGAACAAUUUAAACUUGAAAUCAAAGACGUGUUCACGGAUCAAUUACUCGUUUGUAUUUGGGAUAGAGACGAAGAGCAUACGACAGUUUGGGAAAACGUUAAGAGUGUCGAAAGACCCUCUGGUCUUAUCAGCUUGUGCAGACAAGUCAAAAAUAAUAUUGGGCAUAAAAAGUUUGAAGACGAUUUCAUCGGUGUUGUUGCCAUACCCAUAAAGGAUAUUCCUCCGGAAGGAUGUGAAUCUUGGUGGGACGUUACUACCAGGUUAAAGAAGAAUGCUAAAUUCGCUGGAAGUAUAAAUUUGCGACUUAGUUUAAAACAGAAUUACGAUCGCUACGACAGUGAUUUGUACUCGCUAGAAGAUUAUUACAAAAUAAUCAGUGAAUUAACUAGAUAUUCUAUUUUACAUUUAGACGAGGACGUAGAAUACUUCAACGGUGGGCUAAUGCCAGAAAGCGAGAAAACACUAGAAUUAUUUACUAAACAGCAACAGAUAAUACCAUCUACCGAAAAACUUAUGCGACUGUUAGCAUUACUCGACUGGAAUUCGGAAAAUCGGAGGCCAACCGUUUCGGAAGAAGCCAUCUUGCAAGCAUUCCAAACACUCGAAUUAAGUAUCUCUACUAAAUCUACGUGGGAAUUAGUUAACGACGAUGACGUACAAACACUCAUUUUUAAUCCUAAAGAGUUGGCACUAUUAGAUCGAAUCGCCUCUACUUACGUUAAAAGCUUUUGCCAAGAUGAAAAGCAAUUACCCUGUUCCCUGUUUCCCCUCGAUUCUCAAAGCUUCCUCUGUCUACCUGAGAGAUUAAAGAUACUGGAACGUUUGACAUCACUAGAAACGGGUCACGAGGUGUUGAAUUUUAGGAAGGAACUAGUGAAGCAAUUGGAGAUGAGGUUAAAGAAAGACAUACGAGAAUGGAUAGAUAACAACACGAAGAUCAGCAACGACGAAGGCAGAGAUACAGUCUUACAAGACAUGACUGACCUGACUAUGCUGUUAGUAAAUAUCACAAAGAACUGUUCGUGCGGGCAGUUAUUAUCAGAGCUUCCGUUUUCAAAAUGGGGGUUCGGAUAUCAGAAAGAAAUGGCCAUAGCUAUCGACGAAAAGAUGCACGACAUAUGCAGAGGUGUAAUGAGUCGUAUGGACCAUUACCAAAAUCGCUACAAGGACUACCACGUGAAUAUCAAAGACAGUAGCGCUCUGUGCCAUACUUACUACAUAACGCUGAAAAAAUUAGUACAAGUUUUAAGGCGCAAUAUAACGAGGGACCAACAGACCGAAUGUCAACCGCCGAAGCUUAAAUUAUCGGAAUUCCACGGUUGGUUUAACGAAAGUUUCUUACACCUUCUGCAAGCAUUCCGUUCGGAAUGUUACUUAAGAACGACUAGAGCGGUAGAAUUAGACACAAGAUCUACUUUGAUAAAUGAAGAUGGCGGAGGACACUUUUCUAAUUCGGCAGUUUAUGUGUUGAGUUGUUUUGCGGAAAUACUGACCGAAUGGAAACAAUUGGGACUGGAGCAGAAGGAAUUACACUUUGCAUUUCUAAUUAAACUAACAGAUGUUAUUUGCGACGCAACGAAGCUAUACACUGAAAUGAUGGAGCAAAAAGCACUUACGUAUUGUAAAAAUUGUGCUGGGCAGUUUAUAGUUCCUAUGCAGGUGUGUACAUCGUUAAAUAACAUCGAUCAUGUCUGGGAUUAUGUAAAAGUCUUACCUGAUAAAAUGACUUGGGAGGAAAUGGAGCCAGAUGAAGAAAUCAAGGGACAAACUUUGGAAGUUUUACACAAACUGCUGGACAGCACGGAAAAACAAGUGGAACACAUCAAAGAAAGGAUAUUAAAUUCUGUUCUGGAAUAUAUAUAUAUUAACGUUAGAAAAGAAAUCCAAAAUUGGUUAAAAAUAUUUAAUCAAAGUAAGGACGAGCAAAAACUAAUUGCUUACAUCGAUAAAAAUUUAUGCAUUUUACAUCAAAAUACGAGGAAUAACAUUUGUAACAUAAUCUAUCCUAAGUUAUGGGAUUUCAUUUUAACCGAAACUUCCGGUGGAUUUCAAGCUGGAUUGAAACCGGAAUAUGCCAGAACUAUCAACAAAAAUUUAAAGGCAUCACACGAUUACUUAUUAUAUCUGGGAAUGGACGAAACGUGUAGUAGAGAAAUUCACGAAGACUUAACAAGAAUUCUUAAGCUCAAUUCCUAUUCUUCUAUCGAGCUUCAACUGGAAUAUUAUUAUGAGCUUUCGUGCAAUGUAAAAACGCCCUUGGAAUAUAUUGGGCACGUAGCUUUCAGAUCGGGUUUUAAAGAAAUUACUAAAGGAACUAUUGACAUAGUUGUCAAAGUUUUAAACGCACAAAACUUGCCAAAACAGGAUUACUCCGGUUCGUGCGAUCCAUUUGCAGUCAUAGAAUUAUGCCCCCAAGUCAUGUUCCCCGGAUUCAGACCGCAAAGGACAAAGACUUUAUACCAAAUUCAGGAUCCAGUUUGGGAUGAAACUUUCGUAUUUGCUAAUUUACCUUCUACCAUACUCUCAAUGAAAGGAGCCGUGAUACAUUUUAUGAUAAUGGAUAAGGAUACCGUAUCGAGCGAUUUUACCGGUGAAUUCUUUGUCAAAUUAGAAUCCAUAUUGGACAUGAGUAAAUUAGCUUCCAUUGAUUUUCUACCCGUUCAGAUGAUCCCGUUAAAACAUUAUACAAAUGAACAAAAUACAUUUUAUGUAAUAGAAAAGAGAUCUUCGUGGGAUAAACAUUCAAAAUUAUUCAUGCAGACACGUGUAAAGUAUCUUAGAGAAGAGCAACAAAACCGAUCCUGUUCGGCUAAAAAGAUCACGUGCUGUAUUUUUUCGUAAAUUAUAAAAUUAUCU